AUGGGGAGUUCACGGGGACGAGGGCGGCCGCGAAAAUUGGUUCCAUCGUCACCGGUAAAGCAAGUGGAGACACCCACUGACAAACUGAAGGUAGAUGAAGGAGGAAGCAAGGGAAGUGGAAAGGCAAAGUCACAAAAUGUGGCGGAGGAGACGGAGGAAAAUCGUAAAUCUGAGGCGAAAGGGGUGGAACAUGAGGGUGAGACGAAUCAACAAAAGCUUUGGGUGGAUGUGAUCAAUGGCAACCGGAUGCAAGCUAAUGGUAUGGAGAUUGAGUUUGUCGCACCUACAAUUAUGGAAGGAGAAGUGCAGAUCGAAAUUGACUAUAACGACAUACGCUCAGAGGUAAACUUUUGGGAAAAUUCUCUGUUCAUGUAUGUUAUAGGGAAGGACCCUAGUAUGAAUGGUGUGAAACAAUUCAUGUUGAAAUUCUGGAAUUUUGUUCAAACCCCUGAGUUAUUCUAUAAUGAUGAGGGAUAUUUCAUAAUGAAAUUCAGAUCUGGGGAAGAUAGGGAUUUGGUGAUGAUGAAGGGACCUUACACGAUUCAGAAUAUGCCGAUGCUCCUUAGGAUAUGGCACCACGAUUUCUGCUUGAAAAGAGAUAUGCUUCGUACGGUUCCGGUAUGGGUGAAAUUACCCCAACUACCUCUCUAUCUCUGGGGGAAGAGAAGCCUUAGCAAAAUUGGAAGUGCAUUAGGGAAACCACUUUUCACUGAUGAGUGCACAGCUGCCAAGCUAAGAGUUUCGUAUGCGAGGAUUUUGGUUGAAAUUGAUGUCACACAAAAGAUUGCAGAAUCCAUCAACAUAAAAGAUAAUGAAGGCAGGGUGAUUAAACAGCCUGUAGAGCUGGAAUGGAAACCACUGUAUUGUGAAGUUUGCAAGAGAGCAGGACACAAGUGUACACCAGGACCUCAGAAAAAAACAUGGACUGCCAAACCUAAUAUGAGCCAAGAAAAGAAAGAUGAGACCAUAGUAACCAAAGAGAAAAAGAUGCAGGGUGGUGGUGCAGAGUUAAACACAAAGGCCAAAGAAGAUGAGGGAUGGAUAGAAGCAAAAUCUAGUAGAAUUGAGAAGGGGAAAAAGCCUAUGAAAUACACUGAAGGGGUUGAGUGUCAUAAUGAGUUCUCUUCACUAGGGGUUUUGAAUGACCAUCUAGUGGACAUAGACUUAACAUGA